UUCAUUUGUAUUAUGCUGUUGCCUUGCGCCGAAGAUGCGUCGGUAGUGGCGAAACGAUGGCAAGUUUUUUUUUACACUUUUUGAACCCCAAAACGCAAGGGAGGGGAAAUGUAUAUAUAAAAACAUACGUUAUCAUCAGUUCCGUGGGAGUUCGCUGGGGAAAAAAAUAUCAACCGGUUGACUGUGAUGCAUAGUAUUAGUGAUUGUUACAAUGUAAUAUUCUGCAUAUAUUGCAGUUAAUUUAUGUAGUUUCAAAGAUUACCGAUUGUAAAGUACGCGUAUACUGUAGCUAUGAUACAUAAAGCGAUAUGUUUAUACAUUGGCCUAUGCAUGAAUUAACCGAAAUAAGACACGUUUUGCAUUGCCGUCUCAAAUUCCGUUAAAUCUGACCCUUAAUUAAAGAUAAACUCUGAUUGGUGUCACGACAAAUUAGCACAUGGUGUCCAAUGCAUCUCAAAUUUCACAUUUGACAUUUUCACGCUUUUACUCCGGAACCGCGUUCUUCCUGGUGCUGCAUUGCCCAAUAGACACAAGACAAGAAAACAUGCUCUCGACUCGUCGUGAAGCACCCGGAAGUGUGGAUGAUGAGGGCAAAAGAGCUCGCUGCCGUCAGCUUUUUAUUGAAUGACUUCAAUGGGGAAAAACACAAGCUAAUUUAACAACCGAUGAAAAGCUAAUCGGUGACCUUGCUUCGGCGUUCGCGGGACGGUUUAGCGCGCCACUGUCAUUGUCAUUCGCUCCCCCCCCACAGCACCCCGGCCGCGAGAAUGGCCAGGCCGGCAGCUCUGGAGGGGGCCAGCUGUCACCGGAUCAGCAAGGGAAUCACGUACUACUACAGAGAGCCGGAGACGGACGUGGACGUUGGCCCGGGCGCGGGCCCCCGCCCAGCUGCGGCCAGACCCCUCCUGCUCCUGUUCCCCUGGCUGGGGGCCCGGCCCCGCGCCCUGUCCAAGUACUUCCAGGCGUACUCCCAAACGGGCUGCGACAUGCUGACCGUGGAGACGGACGUCAGCAUGUUCCUGUGGCCCCGCUGGGGCCUGGACUACGGGGCCCGGGUGCUGGAGGUGCUGCAGAGCGAGCGGUUCUCCGCGCGGCCCCUGCUGGUGCACUCCUUCUCCAUCGGGGGCUACACCUUCACCCAGCUGCUGGUGCACCUGUCCCGGGACCCCCGGAGGCACCGCUGCCUCGUCGAGCGGAUCCGGGGACACGUCUACGACAGUCUGGUGGUGGGGACCGUGGAAAGGAUGGCAGCGAGUGAGGGGUUACAAAACAAAACCUUUUUUGGCUUGGGCAAGAACCUCUUCCCCCGGUGGGAGUUUCUGGUGCGAUGGAUGGUCAUGCUCUACUUCCGGAUCUUCAAGAGGUACACCGUGGACCACUUUGCCGCGGCGAUCGACGUCUUCUGGAACAGCCCCGUCGCGGCCCCGGCCCUGUUCUUCUUCUGCGAGAACGACAGCAUGUGCGACCACGAGCAGCUGGAGACCCUCGUCGAGCACUGGAGAAAGCGGGGCAUGGCUGUGCAGAGCCGGAAGUGGGCGGAGUCCACGCACGCCGGGCACCUGCGCCGCCACCCGGAGGACUACCGGUCCGCACUGGACACCUUCCUGCUCUCUCUCACUCCCCUGAAAGCGAAGAUGUGAACAAACGAGUACUUUCGUCUAAAACGGGGGGUUGUCGAACUCCGGUCCCGGAGGGCCCGCGGUGUCUGCCUGGUUUUUUUUCUUUGGUGCGCGUUUGCACGAGAGAUGAAUUUCAAAGUCCUUCAUUGGCUGAAGAGUCCACACACACACCUUGUUCCCAAGACCUUAAUUGGUUGCUGAUUUUAAAAAGGAAACCACAAACCCCUGUAGACACCACGGCCCUCCAGGACUGGAGUUUGACACCCCUGCUCUAAAAUGAAGGGGCCCUACCUUUUUUUUUUGUAAAAAGGGUAGAUUAUUUAUACGUGUGUGUGUGUGUAUGUAUUUAUAUAUAUAGGGAGAUUCAAUUCAAUGUUGCAUUGAGAUGGGGUGGCUCAGUCGUUUUUCAAUUUAAGUAAGAGAAAUGCAUGAAAUAUGAACUUGUUAUAAUUGUUAUCUUUAUAAUGUUUGCUAUCAAGUCACAAAGUUCAUGAAUGCAAAUUGCAACACUUGAGCAAUAUGUUGUCGUCGAGCUAAAACAAGCAACGUAGUAAGGGGACAAGUUGGCAGACACCAACUUGGAUAGCUUGACAAGUGCACAAUUCAAGAAGGCUCUGUUAGUGUCUCAGUGUUAUUUGCCGUCUCAACUAGUUUACAGAAUAAUUAUAACUGCAAACUAGUAUAUGCUAUGUUGUGCUAUUGGAUUGUUUAUCAUUUCACAGGUCUAAUCAUAGGCACUGUGCAGAUUGAUAUGUGUGUCAGUUGUGUACACAGUUGGUAUAGCUGUCAGCAAAUAAAGGUUACAUUCACAUUGUAAA